AUGUCGAUCCUUCUACCCUUAUACGUGUAUCCUUGGCCAGGUGUAUGGGACCCGUUGUACUGGGCAGCUGGCAACAAUACCAAUCUCAAAUUCAACGUUAUCUUGAACCCUUGUAGUGGACCAUGCAUGGGCAGCCUACCCGAACCAGCGUAUAUCGACGAAAUACCCAAGCUAAAGAAUCAUCCGAACAUUCGGACUUUGGGGUACGUUGCGACCAACUAUACCGAUAAGGUCCUAGACAGCGUACUGUCGGAGAUUCGCCAGUGGGCAAGUUGGCCGAUGCUGAUGAAUGACACACGGAUGUCAGUGGAUGGCAUAUUUUUCGACGAGAUACCGGGUCUUUAUCAUUGGCAAAAGCACGAUUACCUGAAAGCAACAACGAAUGCGGUGCAAGCUAGUGAGCAUCUGGGUGAGAAGCUUAUUAUACAUAAUCCGGGGACGCUACCCGACCCCGUGUGGAAUUACCUUGACCUUGCCAAUACGACCGUCAUCUUUGAAGACACGUUCGCUAAUUUUAUCGAGGCAACCAAAUUCAACGCACUGAAGAACUUCCACACCGCCACCAAUCUGCCCACAUCUGCGUUCUCGAUCAUGCUCCACUCUAUUGGAAGUAUCCCCGACGAGCUUGUCACGUGGACCGUGAUGCAGAUGAAGCACAUGGCAGAAUGGAACUUUGCAACCAACGUGGCGACUGCGGGGGAGUACUGGCAUAGCUUCCCGACCAUCUUCGAAUUGUUCAUCAAACGAUACGCGCAGUUGAACGAGGUUGAUGAAGACAAUUUAGAAGCUGAGUGA